AAGCGUAAAAUAGGUGCGGCUAUUAACCACUGCAUGGAAUUGGAACAAUUAGUUUUUAUUUCAAAGAAAGUAUUUUGCGGGCACGACAGUCGUAUUGUCCUAGUUUGUUUAACAAACUUUUGUAGUGCAAUCAUCAUAGUUACGUACAUACAAUCACAAUGGAUCCCAUAAUGGAUGUUAUAAAAAAUUCAGAGGAGCCGGAAUGGCUUGAAAAAAGUGUAGUUGGCGAGCUUAGAGUAUGGCAAAUUAUAUUUCUCUGUAUGGCUGGCGUGACUACUUUGAUUGUGAUGGUGUGCUGCUGCUUCCGUUUCCGCAUACCUCGCACAAAACAGCAAAUAGAGGCCGAUUACAAGCGGCGCAAAAUAACCAGCAAGUUCAGACAACAACUUGAAACCAUACAGGACUCCAAGAUGGAUACAAUUUCUUUGAAAGACGCGUUGGAACUGUUGCACGAGAAAAGCCAAUCAAUGGAGGAAAAGCAGGGAUCUCAGCCUAGUUCUAUCGUGUCGCCACAACAAAGUUCCCUGGAAACCUCACUCCAGCCAGAUCCCAAAUCGGAGCCACAAGCUUCUGGGGGACUCAACUUCGUCAAGUUCGCGACCAAAGUGGCCAACUUGUCCAAGCUGAGCCAACCCAAGUCGCCCACGUCGCCGAAUGCACCCGCUAAAAUGGACUUUUAAUUACCUUUUUCGUUUAUUUUACUAGAGAUUGCUAUAUUAUGUACUAUUGAUGCAUUUAAACUUUUAAUGUAUUUAUGCAAGAAUUGUUAGUGUAUGCAUUUAUACAAUGAAACGUUCUUAGAAGAUGAAAUUUAUAAUAAUAAUAUGAUAGUUUAGUAAAAAAAGAGUACUAAGAACAUAAUGUUUUUGUUGAUUUAAGAAUUAUUGUAUUUUGUAAUAAAUAAACAAAU